AUGAGGACCAGCCUCCCCCUUGUCGUCGGCGUCGGCGUCGGCAUCGUCAUUUGCUCCAUCAUCAUGCCCGCCACGGCGAUAUCGAUGCCUGGAGCGUGGGAGUACUGCAACGUCGACGCCCUGAAGAUGCAGGAGCUCGGGAAGUGGGCAGUGGCGGAGCACGUCAAGAUGGCGAACGAUGGCAUCCGAUUCAUCGAGGUGUGGGGCUGCGAGGAGCAGGUUGUUCAAGGCGUUAACUACCGUGUCUUCCUCCACGCGUUCCACAACUCCGGCGAGAAAGGCCGAUUCCAGGCGGGCGUGUACGAGGGGGCGUCGAGCAGUGUACGCAAGCUCGUCUCCUUCGACCCGAUCAUGUAG